CUUUACUCGAUCGUGACUCAGUCCUUACACAAAUCGAGAUUGACUAGGAACAAUUCGGUACCAUAGCCAAACCACACUUUGCAAAUCUCUAUAGUAUUUCUGAUUAGAUUCGAUUGUUCCACAGUGGUAUUUUCAUUCAUCCUGGGACCACGGCUUGUCCGCAGUGGCAUUGUAGCUUGCGACUGGUCUCUUGAAGACCUUCCCGGUUGUCUAGCGCAGCAGAGUCAGACGGAUAUAUCCUGAGGCUCAAAGGUGCGUCUACAUCUGCCCUACCUCAUGGACUAACCGCAGCAGCCAUAUCAUUUCAAUGUUCGGCCGUGGAUAGUGUACCUGACUCGUUCCCUGAUCUGAAAAAUAGCUCUCAUCCUCGCAGCUUAGACGACGGAAUCUGCCCAAUGACAGGGCAGACGGCCCAUUAAAUCAGGUCAUAGUAUCAACGGCUUUUAUUAUGACCAAGGUUCAUCGGACCCGUUUGGCGUCAGAGUACGCUUCGUCAUAUGGACUGCCGCAGUUCGCAGUUCACAAUAUAAGGAUUGAACGAUUCCUAUCACCUUCGUUGACACUACCACCUACACGGUUGCAAUGAGCUCUUGUUCUCAAGACUCUUCGUUUGGUCCAGGGUCGUCUUGUAGGAACCUGGACUUCACAUUGUUCUUCGAGCAGUCUAUACUCUCGUUUACUCCAGAUGUUGUGUUCGUGGUUUUUGCCUGUAUUCGUUUGGUCUACCUGUGGUACCAAACGAAUAAGCUUGCCUCAGUCGGCUGGAUUCAUAUCGCCGCAAAAGCACUUCUACUUUGCAUGAUCUUAUCUGUUAACGCGGCCAGUCUGAAAUACUCUCUUGAUAUCAUCGAUAAGAAGACUUUUUUCCUCUGGAUCCCUGCACUGGUCAUGCAACUUGUCUCAGCCGUACCACUUGCAGUCCUAGUUGUGGCUGAGCACUUCCGCUCAUCUAACCCUAGCAUGAUCAUAAUCUGUUAUACUCUUGUGAAAGGAUUGUUCACCGCUGCGGCUGUUCGAAGUCAUUUGCAAAUCGGGGUUUUCCUCACCGCCCACGCCUUUGCUGUACUGACGGCUCUGUCCGCAGCAUCCUACCUUUCCCUUCUUUGCGUAGAGACUGUCGAAAAGCGGAGACUCCUCCGUAGGAAGACGUUGCCUACUGUAUCCACCGCGAGUUUUCUUUCCAGAUCGCUGUGUUUCUGGCUCAUUCCGCUGCUGUGGACUGGGCGGAAGAAAACUCUCACCAUCGAUGACUGUGGCGUUAUUCCCGAUGAUCUCAGCGCCCAGUCAACAGGUGGAAAGCUACACAGCGCACUCUAUAGUACACGGAAGGGUACUCACUAUCUCUUGAUCGCUUCGUUCAAAGCGUUUGGGCUUCAAUUCAUAGCUCCCAUCUUACCAAGAGUACUGCUCUUGCUGGCUACGUUUGGACAACCACUCCUGGUAAAUCAAACUAUUAGUUUUGUAUCGGACCCGGGACAACCGGCCGUGCAAGGAUGGGCACUUGUUGGUGGCUUCAUUUGCAUCUACGCCCUCAUCACUAUUACUACUUCGCUGUACUGGGAAAAAGCCUUCAAUGCGACAGUGCAGUACCGAGGGGCCCUGGUGAGCAACAUAUACAAGAAGUCUUUGAAGCUCUCCUCCACCAAGAGUCGAUCUCUGGGUAGCGGCGUGGCGAGCACCUAUAUGUCGGUGGAUGUGGAAAGAAUCUGCGAGGGAAUGGAGUACAUUCACGAAAUGUGGGCUGCUCUUCUGUCGAUUGCACUUUCCAUCGUGAUACUAUAUUCGCAGGCGACAUGGCCGGCAUUUCUACCGAUUGCCGUUACACUCUUGCUGAUGCUUGCAGCUGGAAUUGCAGGUCGUAAAACAGGUGUUCACCAAAAUGCAUGGCUCGGAGCUACAGAUAAACGCGUCAAGUUUCUGUCUUCGAUCAUUCACAAGUUUCUACCCAUCAAGUGGUCUCGUUACGAAGGUAUUCUGGCAGAGAAAGCCGCAGAGUUCCGCGCGGCGGAGAUGAACAGAGCUAGAUCCUUCUACAACCUUGUCGCUCUCAUGGCAGCAGUCUCAAACAGUGCUGGGACACUCUGCAUCCUAUCCGUCUUGGGUCCUUACGCGGCGCUUGCGGCUCGUGGAGAUGGUGCUGCUCUUGAUCCCAACCGUCUCUUCACCAUCGUCACUACAGUCAAUCUGCUUUCUUCGCCUCUAAACAUUCUUGGGCAGUACAUGCCUUCAAUAUUUGCUGCCUAUGCUUCCAUCAAACGCAUCGAGUCCUUCCUUCUCUUCGAUGAAAAGGAAGAUAAUGCUGAUAGUGACAAGGGGUCAUCCGAGAAAGCCGAAAGUGAAGAGCUGACCUCAAUCAAGAUGGUGGAUGCAGUAUUUGCUUGGUCUCCGGAUUCAGAGCCAUUCUUGCAGGACAUUAACAUCAACCUAUGUGGCGGCCAGCUUCAUUUGUGCACUGGACCCGUAGCCUCGGGAAAAUCGCUUCUUCUUCUCUCGAUCCUUCGGGAAUGUUCAUUGCGUACAGGGCAGUAUAUACCCCCUCAAGGCCGUAUUGCUUACGCAUCACAAGACGCGCUUAUCAUUCCUGGUUCUGUUCGCGAAAACAUCAUCUUCGGUCUUCCAUUCGACGAAGAACGUUAUCUCAAGGUUGUGGACGCCUGUGCGCUUCGUCACGAUCUAAACAGGCUGAAGGCUGGCGACCAGACCAUUUUAGGUGAGAAAGGGGGUACAUUGAGUGGUGGUCAAAAACAACGGAUUGCUCUCGCACGAGCCAUAUAUGCUGAUGCGCCUUGGACCCUACUUGAUGAUCCUCUGAGUGCCCUAGAUGCGGAGACAGAGACUCAUAGUGAGUGCUGUUCUAAUCUCCUUGUUCCUCGGCCGACACUUUCCUGGGCAAUAGUAUUUCAGUCAUUGUUCAGCCAGUCCGGCAUUCUCAAGAACAAAUCAGUUCUGUUGGUUACUCAUAAUUUGAAGCAUAUCUCAUCUGCCGACAAUGUGAUUGUGCUUAACGUUGGUCGAAUUCAAUACCAAGGGCCUCCAGAAGGUUAUGAGUUGGCUUAUGACCCCACGAGCGAUUCCACGAACAGUGCGACGAAGGGCGCCACCAAUCCCGACAUAGCCAUGGACCAAGCUGCCGAACAGGAAGAUGACGAAGCUCCACUUCAGAAAUCCUCUAUUGGAUGGGUUCCAUACAUCUUUUAUUCAGAGAUGACGCCGUGGCUUCAGGUUUCAAGUAUUAUAUUCCUCAUCGUUGUCGCGUCGGCUGGGAGGACAGGACUCCAAUUCUACCUUCGAGGUUGGUCGAACAGUAACGGCCAACAUAUCGCUGCAUGGACUGGUGGCUAUGCAGCGAUUUCUAUCGCGUUGUUGAUCAAUACUGCAAUGAUGUUGUGGCAGCUUUCAUUAGCGAUCACAAGUCACAGCGGGGUUAACAUUCAUGCCGCAGAAGUGAAAGGGCUCUUUGGUACUGCUCCCUCUUACUUCAUGACAACGCCCCUCGGCCGUAUUAUUAACAGACUCUCCCAGGACAUCUUCCUUGUAGAUUUUGAGUUUCCGAUCGCAUUGGUGAACGGACUGUCAACGUUUGGAAUCCUUAUUGGUAUACUAAUAUUAAUAGUGAUUCCGGCCCCAUGGUUGAUUCUCAUGCUCUUACCACUCGCCGUGGCAUACUACAUUACUCUGAGAUUCUAUGUGCGCACGUCGAAGCAGCUCCAGCAUCUCGAAGCUGCGAGUAAAUCUCCAUUGUACACGGUGUUCUCCACCACUCUAUCGGGGCUUGAAUGUAUACGUGCCCUUCAUGUUCAAUCUCAUUUCGAAGAGCAGAACGAUCGAUAUUUGGAUAGAAGCCAGAAACCUUUCUUCUUCCGAUUCGGUGGCAUGAUAUUCUUACGAACCAUGCUUUCGGGGAUUGCUUUCAUCGUGGCUGUUAGCCUCGCGUCGCUCGCUGUUGGUCUACGUCGUUCAGUUGACCCUUCGUUCCUCGGUCUGGCAUUAUCGAGUCUAACUAACCUCUCCCAGUACUUGUCCGCACUUUUGAUGAGCCUGGCUUUGAUUGAAAAUGGGACCGUUGCCGUGUCUCGGAUACAUGAGAUCGCAACAUUACCGCCUGAACCGGAUGAUGCCAAAGACGCAAUAACUCCCGUAGACUGGCCACAAGAAGGAACUGUUGUUUUCGACAAUGUCCAGUUACGUUAUCGCGCGGACCUCUCUCCGGCUCUUCGUGGGAUAUUCUUCGAAGUUCAGGGAGGUCAGAAGAUCGGAAUAUGUGGCCGCUCUGGUUCCGGCAAGAGCAGUCUGGUUCUUGCCUUGCUCAGGGCUUUGGACGAAUCCUUGACUGUAGGUCGGAUUCUGAUCGACGGUAUUGACACCCGAUCCCUACCACUAGGAACUUUGCGCAAAUCCCUAAGUCUUGUGGCACAAGAGCCUUUCCUAUGGUAUUCAUCCAUUAGAGAGAACCUCAAUCCCGAGGGUGAUUUGUUGGAGAAGGAUAUGUGGGCUGCUCUCCAACGUGUAGGAAUGCACGACGCUGUCUCGACACUCCCAGAAAAACUGGACACAGUGCUAGAAGAUGAAGCAUCUUUGUCUAGAGGUCAGCGCCAGUUACUCUGUCUCGCUCGAGUCUUGCUGCGAAAACGUAAGAUCGUCAUUCUGGACGAGGCUAGUAGCAGUUUGGAUUUCGAGACAGAUGAGAAGAUGCGACAGGUGGUACGCACAGAAUUAGCGGACUGCACCGUAUUGGCUGUGGCGCAUCGCAUAGCUACCAUUAUCGACUUUGACCGUAUCAUUGUUGUGGACGAUGGUGUGAUCGUGGAGAGCGGAUCUCCAGCUGAGCUUUUGGCUCUUCCCAACGGUCGGUUUGCUUCGCUGGCAACCAGCCAGGGAUUGAUCUUAGAAACCACUACGACAUAACUGAAGACGUGUAACAAUGGUAUUACGAUUUACCUCUGUAACUACUUCUGUAACUACUUCUAAGGCACAACUUGGUCACUCGCCAAAUGCAUGAUCCAGCUCUGUGAUGAACAGUCCCCCAUCGAGCUGCUGAGAAGUAAGAAUUGGCUAUACGAGAUGUAUAUGAUCAUGGUCACCAUGAGUAUUGUCCCAGAUACGUAACUGCCCGCAUUUAGAAGACAGGUAGACAAUCGCAUCAACAAUAUCAUCU